GCCUGCCCAUGAGUCUGCCUGGGCGCCUGCCAUCCGGCCAGCUUCCUGCGCAGAGCCAGACAGAGAGGGACACAGCAUUCGGUCUAGCAGAGUCCCUGCUUCUCAUUGUGUAGUGUGGGAGAGAGGAGUGCCCGUCGCUUGUUCGACAUUUAUAACGAGAAGCAGCUCGUCUGGUUUGAAUUUCAAACCACCCCUGAGCGGACGGCCCCGUAUCUCCGACUCGUGUCCGAGAGCGCGAUGGACGAAGCAGCAGCGGGCAAGCACGAGGGUAACAUCCAAGAGUUUUUGGCGAAGCUGGAAGCUCGGUUCAAGGGGAUACGCUGUUACCUCGGGCAGUAUGUAUCCCCGAAACCCUUUCCAUCCGGGCCCGAGUCUGGCAAGAGCGGCAACGCCAGCGAUAGUGGCAGCAGCAGCAGCAGCAACCCCGUCGUCGGCAGCGUGGUUGUUACGCUAGAGCCACCCAACAGGCUCGUGCUCGGAGCUUUGCUCGACCGUGGGCUUGGUCAGGGAUGGGAGUAUUGGGAAGGAGAGUUUGGGCCUUUGGAGCUGGCAUCACACCGAGACAGCUUGGGGUGGGACGGCCACAGCCUCGAGGCCCUCGCGGACUGCUUCGCCGGCGCCGUCGAAGCGACGAAACUGCCCCUGCCAGAAGAAAAUCGACCUUGCUCUGAGGGCGCGCUCGCCGUCGCGGACGAACACCAGCAACGGCCUCCCGAGUUUUCCAGCACCGCCGGCGUGGUUGAGACUGAUCGUACAGGCGAGGAGGAACCAGAUUCUGGUGUUGGUGGUGGUGUUGGUUCUGGUGAUGGUGAUGGUGGUAGCGCUACCGGUACCCUGGACCUCCACUACGCACGUGCUGGCAUCGUCGGGUCUUGGGAGGUUUCGCGGGUGCAGACCGGCGUUUCCGUGGCUCUGAUGCACAGCAUGCACAGGAGCAUUCGUGCCGCAUGCGGGCGGCAACUUGCGGACACCGCCAAACCUCCCGCGUCUUCCUCGGGCAGCGCCGACGCGGGGUUGUCGCGAGCGAAAGCAUCAGGAGCCCCCAAGUUCAAGAGAAAAAGGGUUGCCGCGACAGGCGCAAAGUUGGCGGGUGCUAGCCCCUCGGCCGAGGCGUGAACGGCGAUGGGCCGAUAACAGGUCCUCCAGACCCUCGUUGUGACGGUUUGGAGCAAGUUCGACCGCCUCCUAUCCCCUCGCGAAAAUUCGGGAGCCAAAGGUUAAUUCUGCCGGGGAAGUAGGAAUGAGUGACGAAAGGAAAGUCUUCUGGGCGGCUUCCCGAAACAAGCACUGCUGUGUUGAAUUCGGCACGGCACCCGCCGGCUCAACUUUCGUCGAGAUGAUGGACUCUGGACACAGGAUUCGGGUUCAAUACUAACCCGAUUGUGCAAAACAAACAUUGUCCACGGUAGCGAUCUCGGGAGCGAGCACUGAAAAAUUGCGUUGUACUUGCGUGGGACUUGAUUCUUGGAUCGGGUCGGCGCUGGCAGCGGGGUAAAGUAGAGGGCACCGGCAACCGAAGUACCACGGAUAAUUCACUGCUGGAAGACGAUUACUGCUCUUUAGGGAAGGCUACUUACGAGGUUGCGGCUCCGUAUCGUCGUGAAGAGCAACGGUCACCGAUGACCCCAAGCACUAGGGUAUGCAUAAAGCGUCGUGAAGAACAAGGGUCGACGACCCAGCACCUGGGUGUAUGCACUGUAAGAGGGUGGCUUCUUUGGGACGCGGUUGUUGCUUAAAAGGUUGCGGCUCCGUAGCAUCGGGAGUAGAGAUGGGAUGGGCGCGGAAAAACGAAUCGCAGGAAAGUAUAGAAGGGACUUCGUUGGAAGCAUGGUGGCGUGCAAGAACGGCAGAGUGAGACGACCAAGGAAAUGUUUCAUGACGCCGUGUACUUUCUUUUUUCUUCCAAGCAUGGCACCGAUUCCUACAGCCCUCUAUUGUACCGACUUUUGAGGGUCGUGAGGGGGAUGGGGGGCACCGCAGACUUGGUUUCUAUGUACGCGAAAAGGGAUGGA